AGAGAGAGAGAGAGAGAGAGUAGCACACAGAGAGCUAGGAGAGCAAAACAAUGGCGGGUGAAGGAGAUCUGAAGCUGCUGGGCUUGCUGGUGAGCCCAUUCGUGGUCCGCGUCCGCAUGGCGCUGCACAUGAAGGGCGUGAGCUACGAGUACAUCGAGCAGGACGUCAUCGACAAGGGCGAGCUCCUCCUCAAGUACAACCCCGUGUACAAGAAGGUGCCCGUGCUCAUCCACAACGGCGUGCCGCUCUGCGAGUCCCAGAUCAUCGUGCAGUACAUCGACGAGGUCUGGCCUGGAACCAACGGCUCCUCCAUCCUCCCCUCCGACCCCUAUGACCGCGCCACCGCUCGCUUCUGGGCCGCCUACGUCGACGACAAGUUGUUCCCUGCCUGGCUAGGCAUUCUCAAGGCGAAGACUCAGGAAGAAAGGGCAGAGAAGGUGAAAGAAACGCUUGCCGUGGUCGAGCUGCUGGAGGUGGCCUUGGCCCAAUGCUCCAACGGGAAGCCUUUCUUCGCCGGCGACUCCAUCGGGUUCCUCGACCUUGUGGUUGGAUGCAACUUGUUAUGGUUCGAGGCGCUGCGCAGGUUAUUCGGCGUGACAUUCGUUGCCGCCGGCAAGACUCCUCUCCUGGCCGCCUGGGCGGAGCGUUUCGGAGGUACCGAGGCGGCGAGGGAGGUUGUGCCGGACGCGGACAAGGCGGUGGAGUUCGCCAAGAAGCUCAUGGCUAGUUUAUGCUCCGCUCCGGUUGCCAAUGCCAGCUAACAUGAUUCGGUUGUACUCUUUUCAUCGUUGAAUUACGUGGCAAAUCAGAUAUGUACUUCAGAACAUGUUCUUCGUGUAAUAAAAGAUGGAUAUGUCAACAUUUUGUACUACA